AUGCCUUUAAACGAUAUGUUUGAUCACCUUAAAAUAGAGCUAACAGCUAUAAAAAAAGCAACCAACAACUUUGCCAAUUGCAUCGGGGCAGGAGGAUUCGGAAAAGUGUACAAGGGAGAAUUCGUGCAAUCCGAUGGGCAGCAUAAAACGGUUGCUAUAAAGGUUUUAGAUCCUAGAUUUGGACAAGGUGUUGUAGAGUUUUGGAAGGAGGUUAUGCUGCUUUCACACUACAGACAUACAAAUGUUGCUUCUCUUUUGGGGUUUUGUGAUGAAGGCAAAGACAAAAUCCUUGUGUACGAGUAUGCAUCUAGAAGGAGCCUCGACAUGUAUAUCGGUGGUGAUCUUACAUGGGUCCGACUUCUUGAUAUUUGUAUUGGAGCAGCUCGCGGCUUAGCAUACCUUCAUAAUCCUGACAAGACCCAACAAAGAGUAUUGCACCGUGACAUUAAAAGUUCCAACAUCUUGAUAGAUGAAGACUGGAAAGCCAUGAUCUCCGAUUUCGGUCUGUCCAAAAUUGGUCCUGCUAACACAGACUACACAUUUCUUUAUUCCCAAGUUGUAGGCACAACCGGGUAUAUUGACCCGAAUUAUAUAGGCGGCGGAUUAUUAACAAAAGAGUCGGAUGUUUACUCUUUUGGUGUUGUGUUAUUUGAAGUAUUCUGUGGAAGAUUGUGUACCAGCUACAGCAAUAGUUGCUAUUUUGCAACAUUGGCACGAGAGCAGUAUAAGCUUGAUAAAAUGAAGGAUAUCGUCCAUGAAAAAAUAAAGGAUGAAAUAAAUCCUAAAUCUAUGAAUGUGUUUACAACAAUAGCUUAUCAAUGUUUGGCUGAUGAUAAUGCCCAACGCCCACUAAUGACCAAGGUCGUGAGAGACCUUGAGAAUUCGCUGCGAUUUCAAGAAAACAAAAAGGUCAUUAUCGAGGGAGAGCUUGUUAGUGUCAAACCUCAAAAGCUUCUUUUCCAAUUUGAAUUGAUGAAGGAAAUCUUAGCUAUGAUGCAACUAGAGAACAGAACAUAUGAUCACGUCGCGUUUAAGAUAUUAGAUCGAGCGUUCGUUAUGAUCACGGGGUUGGCAAAGAGGACCAAAUCUGAAUAA